AAGUCGGACCAACGUCCCCUCUCCCUCCAGUGAAACAGAGGCUGACUACACCACUCAAACCACCAACUCUCUGCCUCACUCUACCUAAUAGGCCUUUACGCUACUCUCUACUCUCGCACUGACACCCUACGCAGAGAGGGAGCCCAAUACGCUAUAGAAAAGGGACUCUUGACACUGCAGAGGCGAAAGCGUGUUAUCCGACUCACUGCUUGUCAUAGUUUGGUUUGUAAUACAUGCUGGAGUCGUGAUAGCAGUGAUAGUAUUGGCUGCUUUGUCCUAAGCUGGAUAGCACAAAGUUGGCAAUCAGCUGAUUGGAGAUUUGUGUCAAUUGAAAUUGGAUUUUGUUGUACGGUGAAAUUUCUUAGGGCUGUUGAUCGUGCUGAGUUAAACAUGAGGAGUACUCUGAAAGCUGUCACCUGCCUUUUGUUCUUGCAGUCCGUGCUGCCUGCCGUGUUUGGUCAGUCUGAUACCUGCCUGGCAUGCGACCGCAAGCCCAGCUCCUGUCGGAAGAUUGCCGGAAUCUUCAUGGUGACCGUUCUGUCUGAGGGAAGCUACAACCCAGUGGUGGAGAUUCCAACUGGAGCGUGUCGCAUCAAUAUCACAGAGUUGGCCCUGUCCGAGAAUUAUUUAGCUGUGAAAACUAAAAGGUCAAAGAGCAUAUUCAACAGCUACUGGUCCAUUGUGCCGACUGGGUUGUACGGUGGUGCUGGGACGAUAUUCCGAUACGCUAAACAGAGUGGGCCACACUGCCCUGGACAGUGUAUCUUUACUGAUGGAUCUCUCAAUGAAACCGUCGUGGUACAGAUGUUAUUUUACAGCAAAAACCCAGGCAUUUCGUAUGAGUUUCUACUACCAAACUAUAUUGCAUUUACACCUUUUGAAGGUACAUUCAUUCCCCAAACACCACACACAGUCCAUCACAGACAUCGACACAGGUCACAAACACAGGGACGAGGACAAGGACGUCACCGCUCCCGAACAACUCCCCACUUUGAAGGCGAAUUCAACCCUAGUUACAACAGCAGGUCAGAGGGGCAGUCCUCGUUAGAAUACAACAGACGGACUGAAGAAUUCCGUGCUGGAAGGAGUUCAGCAUAUGAUAGGAGGUACCCAGCACACCACAGUUCAAGGUCAGGGACACAGAGAAAUUAUCCGUCAGGUUCGCGAACAGAUACCACCCCUCGUAGAUAUGGGUAUGACACGUUGGGCGGUCGUGGAUUAAGUUACACGCAGCAAAACAGAAAAACAGAAUCAUCUCAAACUGGAAUUCCCAUCCAAGUGGCACCAAGGCCAAGAUAUGUUUCCCCAUAUGACCGCAAUGGGCGCUUCACUGGCCAUAAGACCCUUGAUUUCAACGCGGCGCUGACGGACAGGCGAUAUGUGCGGGGUCCAGGGGAUGCCCAAGCGAGAAGUGUGGACAAUGAGAUCGGGACUCGAUACAGUGGACAGCAGACUGUUCCAAAUCGGGGUGCUGUGGACAGGGACAGUUCCGCGAGUCAGUACAUGUGGAGAAUAUCAGGAUUCACGGACUGUUCCACAACUUGCGGAGGAGGUCACCAGGAGACCAAGAUCGUGUGUGUGUUGAAGAGCUCCCAGACUCAGGUGAUAGUGACAGGGGACAACUGCAACAACGCCAUCAAGCCACAGCAACAACGUGUACCGUGCAACACCAACCCAUGUGGACCAGACUGGGAGACAGAUGACUGGAGUACCUGCAGUGUGACUUGUGGCUCAGGGACACAGACCCGCCGUGUGGAGUGUAAACAACGCAUGUCCCCCACCUCCCACCUGAGUGUGUCGGCCAGCAAGUGUGACGCGGGCCGCAGGCCAGCGGUGGCCCAGCAGUGUGAGAAGGGGCCCUGUGCUAAGUGGAAAACCAGCAAGUGGGGCAAGUGUUCCGUGAGCUGUGGGGUGGGAGAACAGCGCAGGAAGGUGAAGUGUGUGGACCACCAGGCCACCCAGAUACCCGACCGCUUCUGUGAGGCCACCCCACCCACUGGCGUCAAGAAGUGUAACCAGGGCACCUGCCAGAAACAGUGGUGGACCUCCAAAUGGUCAGACCAGUGUUCCAAUGAGUGUGGGUCAGGAGUGAAGACCAGGGACGUCAUGUGUGGCAGUCCCAACGGUGUGAAGCUGGAGGACUCUGUGUGUGAAGACCUCAGGAAGCCUCAAGCCCGGGCCUCCUGCCGCAGCCAGUCAGCCUGUGGAGGCAAGUGGUUCACCGGACCCUGGGGAAAGUGUUCUGCUGAAUGUGGGCAUGGGGAGCGCCGGCGAGAUGUUGUGUGCAUGAAGGUGGUUGGUAGCGCCAUGUCUAUAACACUGGAGGAGAACUGUGCAGCUGAUGAGAAGCCCACAGCUGAAGAGAAGUGCCGCACCGAGUCCUGCGGGUCCGAGUGGUACAUGUCACAGUGGAGCGAGUGUUCUGUGACAUGUGGAGCGGGCAUGAAGUCACGACAGGUCAAGUGUCUGGACCAACAGCAGAGGAGGGCAAGGUCAUGUGAGCGCUCCCAGAAACCCCCUGCCCGAGAGAACUGUCAGAUGAGAGACUGCCGACUACCCCAGGCUACCAGAGCAAGCCCCACCUGUCGUGACCAGUACCGCAGCUGCCAGGUCGUCCUGCAGGCCCGUCUGUGCACAUACUCCUACUACCGCAAGAUCUGCUGUUCCUCCUGCAAGUCUGCCCACUCAUGAAGAAUGGAGCCACAGUAGUCGAGUCACUUCAUCACAGAUCCAACCUUCCGCCAGAGCAAUUUCUCCCAGCACGACGGUCUGGGUCACAAUACUCCAAGUGUAGUUAAUAUUCCGAACAGGAAAUACAAUUUCAUACUCCACUUCAUGUGAUUUAACAGCUAAGAUCAGACCAAAUUAUUUUCUUGUUUUAUGGCAUAUUUAGAAAAGUAAACCAAUAAUUCAUUAAAAUAUAUUUUAAAAUACUUUUGUAUAUUUUUUCAAAAUUUAUUCAGGACAUGAACUUUUUUUUCUAAUUUGUACAUUUUGGCAUAAAAUAACUUGUAAAACGAGUAAAUGGUUCUGAGUUAUAAGUAACAGUGACUGAACCAGCAGAAUAAUUAUUAUGACUAUGACAGUUUUCACAUCUCAAGUAAUUGUUCAUGGUACAAGACUAAGUAUAAAUGUGCGGUGGUUUCCUUAUUUACUACUGCCUAAAACUGUCGGAAUAUAUAAAAAUACUGUUGAGUGUACCGCAACUGUGUACUCCUAAAGGAGUCAUAGACUGACACGUGUUAUAAGAUUGCAAUAUCAAGUCAUUGUGAAUACUGUACAUACAUAUUCUGCAUGAUGUAUAUGAUUGAAACCAGUUGAUGCAAUCUCAUUAAUAUUAGAUCUUUUACUCCAACACAAUAUCUCUCUGCGUGAAGAUCUGAGGACAUCCCCAUAGGAGAUUGUGUCAGGUGAACUUUCUGAUCAGCCAUUCAUUGUUUAGGCUUAUAAAUUCUUGGCAAGAGUGAGCAAAGCUUUGAAUAAUCAUAUCUGAUAUCUGUAUCUUGAAAAUGAAUAUAAUUGGGGAGAUUCAAAUGCAAAUUAAUAAAGCAGAGAAUUAUGUUGUUGUGCACACUUUCUACAUCUUGUCGUUUCUGAGUGCCACGGCAUCUACAGCCAAAACGUGGAAAACCAGCAGCAUAUUUUUGUGCUCUGUGUUGGUUUUCUUUUGCCAAGAUUUAAAUUUCUGAAUCAAGGUGGUAAGGAAAUGAAACUGAAUCGUUCUAAAAAGCUCAAGAACUGAUUGGCUCAAGAACCCACGCAUUCUUCAUGGAUUGGGUGGUCAAAGUUCACUUGGGGUUCAUCUGAUUUUAAUGAGAUUGGAGUGAUGUGACUCAGAUAGACCGGUGAUCACUUGUAGGUGUUUGUCAAGAAGAAUUAUAUACAUGGCAGCACAUGAAAAAAGCCAUUUUCUUCUUUUAUAGUUUGUGUGCCAGGACACAGAAAAUCUUUGUCGUUUCUAAAAAACUUCAACAUGUCAUGAUAAAAAACAAUCAAAAACAAUAAAAUGAUAAAUUUAUACAUUUAUGUUUAUGGUUGCAACACAUGAUACCAUGUUUCCUCAUUUUGUUUAAAAGAGGGGUCAGACAUAUGUUCUAGACAACCAGCUGCCACAAGUUCUACCCCAUCCUCCAGCUAGGACAGAUGAACUCGAUAAGCCCAUGGUCCUAUACUGCACUCAAUGAACAGUCUGUCAUCAUUACCAUCUUCAGGAUGUACGGUAGUGUAGACAUACAGGGUGUGAUAUGAUAGUAAGUGAGCCAUGUUUCUCUGUGCUUACAAAUUCCCUCAAGGGAAUGCAUUUAUUGUUUAUAGUCAACAUUUACCAAAGAUUUUAUGUACAGUCUAUAUUUAUAGAUUUCUCAUUUCAUGCGAUUCAUGUCCAUUUAAGUGCUUGCCAAUCACUCAUGAUUUACUGUUAGACAUUGACAUAACGCUUCUUAUGUCUAGGAAGAUAGAUUGUAUAUUUUGAAAUGUGAUUGUUGGGUACACGAUGUACAUGAUCUUAAAGUAACAGCAGGUUACAACUGACAACACUUGUGAUUCUGAUAACAGUGGCUAUCAUGUUUGAAGAGUUUGAAUUAUUGGAAGUUUGCUUAAGUAAAACACCAUCAUUUUAGAGCCUAUGUCUGUAUGUAUGUAGCGUCUGUGGAGCUGAUAACUCCAGGCUUGCAUGGGUCCUCCAAAAGCCUGUUCUUUCAAUUCUCUUGUUGAGAGGUCAGUUUGCAUACAUCAUUUUGAAACGUGAUCUGAAAAACCAGGUGGAAGUGUUUCUGUAAAACUGUGAAGUCCUGUGGUGUAUUUUAUAGUUAAAUGUGCUCAGCGAGUAUCAUGCUCCUGCUGUGACAUGUAAAUUUGCUAUGUGUUCUUGUCAUUCAUUAGGUUCACAAAUCUACUACGUUAACCUGUAUUGGUAAGAUUAAUAACUUAUUUAUCAGAACCUGUACCACCUCGUUUUACUGGAGAUUCGGGAAUAUUCAGUUCAUGAAGACUCUUCACCAAGGUUCCAGGAGACUGACAAAAAGCUGUAAGCUGUUAAUGUCUAUUCAUAGUUAGCAUUGUUCCAGCAAGUGUAAGAGCUACAACUGGGAGAAGUAAGGACUUGUUAUACAAGGAAUUUAUUAUUAUCAAAAAUCAACAUCUAGUAAAACAAUCUGACAAACAAAAUAAUCAGUUUCUUGUGGUCUAACUUUAUACACUCAACAAAGAAGGAAGUGUGAUUAUUUAAUCAAUAUGGUGGAAGCUAGUGAUUUCAUCAGUGAACAAGAGAUGACAAUUGGUACUCAAAUGUCAAGGACACCACUCCUGCCUACAUUGUUUCACAGGUUCCAGAGAGGUGAAGUCUGUCCUUGUGCCUGGUCUUCGGUAAAGGGAGUUUUCACUGUUACUGGCUAGGUCCCAGUGGCACUGCUGACAACCCUCAAAGGCAGAUUAUUUCAUUUGUCCUUGAGAUGACAUGCACCAAGACACCAAGCCUGACCACUCGAUCCAUUAAGUAGCCUCUUAGACAAGCAUAGGUUGCUGGGGAUCAAUUCUAACCCAAAAUCCACACAAAAUCCAUUUGCAAGGUUUGGUUUCGGAUAUAGUGUUCCUGUGCCAGAGGGGGCAGGGGUGGCCCAGUCAUCUAAGGUGCCACAAUUCCCUGUGCCAGAAACCUAUGAAUGUGGCUUCAAAUCCCUGUUCGCACUGAUUAUGUUUCUAGGUUUGUCAGCACCAUACCCGUGCUCGUGGAUGUCACCAAACUGGUAAACAUCUGAGACCUGCACCACUUUGGGCUUUCCUCCCACAUUAAGCGGACACGCCAUGAUAUAACUGGAAUACUGUUAAAAGUGGCUUUAAACUUAACUCACUCACUCACUCCUGUGCCAGACUUGACCUGCCACAGUGAGAAUUCUGUUGUACUGUUCGUUAAUGGAUCGAUGCUCUGUUGCUUUGUUCAGCAGUAACAGGUUGUUCCCAGUAAGCAUGCCAUUGGUGCUAAGUAGCACAUAUUCAGCUAUUAAAUUCAGUAAUUCAAAAUGAUUUUUUUUUUUGACAGUAAAGUAUAUCAGUGUCAGGUUUAAUAUCUCCUUUAAUGCCUGUGUGGUUGGUUUUGGCAAGUUGGAAACAUGAGUUCCACUGUCUACAAUAAAAUCAUGUUGCCAAAAUACAAGCAAUGUGCAUGCAUGUGUUGUAGUGGCUCGGUCUCAAUAUGUUAUAUGUGUAGAAUAAAGCAUGUCCGAGGGUUUUUAUGAUAUUUGAAAGGAAGUGUUUUAUCUAACUUAUACACCGGAAAAAGAACAUCUUGUUUUACUACUGUACAAGAAUUCUGUCACAAAUUACAGUUCAACUCAUUUACCUAUGGGCCAAUGACUACAUGUCUCUAAUGGUCAUAAAUUAUUACCUUGGUUCCUUCAAAUCUCCCAGGGGUGGUGGGGUAGCCUAGUGGUUAAAGCAUUCCCUCGUCACAUCGAAGACCCGGGUUCGAUUCCCCACAUGGGUGGUGUGUGAAGCCUUGACAUUGCUGGAAUAUUGCUAAAAGUGGCAUUGAACCAUACUCACUCAACUCAAAUUUUCCAAAUAUUCAUCAAUAUAUCCCCAAGAUUAAUGUAAAAAUUACUUUGGGAAUAUCCUGCAAAUAUAUCCACUUUUCUUUAGAAAGAAAAAGACAGCUAUUCAGAAUUUUAAUAUCUCCAUCUGUCAAAAAAACUUAGUAUAUUUGUUUGUAUUUGUUAUACAAGAUGCUUUAUGAGUUGCGAAGGAACAAAAAGGCUCUUAUUGAUCCACAUAACUUGAUAAGUUUGUUUUAUUGUCUGGUAUGAAUAGUCAAAGUUUUGUUUCUGUAGGUUACCAAAGUCUCCAAUUGAACUCUAAUACAUUUUUCUAUUGGUGCUAUCAGAGUGUAUGUUUUAUAUGUUUAUAAUCAUUUGUAAAUAUCAGCAUUCCCAAAUAAAUGUGCUUCUUACUGUUAAAAUAUGA